GCAGAAAGUGAAGAUAGGUUUAGUGUAGUCGUCCUGUCUUGAGAGCAAAUUUGGCGAAGUUGAACUCCACUAAUAGCAGACAGCCAUGGUGGUCAGCAUCGGAGUCGUAUCGGUCAUCGUCACCCUCUCGGCCAUCCUGACAUACUUCCUGGCCAAGAUCCUGCGUGUCUUCCAUCUCAUCAGCAAGUUUGACGGACCACCUGCCCUCCCGAUUGUCGGCAACGCCCAUUUAUUCCAUCAAGAUGCAAGAGAGUUCUUCAAGCAGCAGGAGGAAUGGAUGAAGAAAUAUGAAUCCAAAGGCAUAAUGCGAUUGUGGCUCGGACCCAUGCCAUUGCUUGGAGUAUACAAGGCCCAGCACAUGGAGGUUGUUAUGAGUAGCAGCAGGCAUAUCAAGAAAGGUUAUGUCUAUACCUUUUUACAUCCCUGGCUUGGCCGUGGUUUACUGACAAGUACGGGACAAAAAUGGUUUCACCGCCGGAAGCUGCUCACCCCAACCUUCCAUUUCUCCAUCCUCCAAAACUUCAUGGACGUCUUCAACGAGCAGAGCUUCAUCAUGGCAAAGAAGAUGGAGAAGUUUGCCGACCAAUCAGAGCCUUUCAACAUCUUCCCACAAAUCACCUACUGCGUUCUUGAUAUCAUUUGUGAUACUGCGAUGGGGAAGUCUAUAAACGCUCAGGGAGAGGGGGAUAAUGAAUAUGUUACAGCUGUAAUAAGCAUGACCAACUUGGUGCAGGAGAGAAUGAAGAAGCCCUGGUUCUGGCCUGACCUGCUCUAUGAUAACAUCCAAUCGGGUAAAAAGCAUGCCAACAACCUUAGAGUACUGCAUGAUAUGACAACUAAGAUCAUCAAACAAAGAUUACAGGAGCCUCCCAGAGCCCUGGAUGGGAGCGAAAAAGAUGAGGUUGCCGGUAAACGGAGGAGGAUCGCAUUCCUUGAUCUCCUUCUCCAGAUGCACAGGGAAGACCCAAGCUUUACACUAGAGGACAUCAGAGAGGAGGUGGAUACUUUCAUGUUUGAGGGCCAUGAUACGACAGCUGCAGCGGCAUCAUGGACGAUCCUGAUGAUUGGCCGCCAUCCUGAGGUCCAGACCCGCCUCCAUGAAGAGCUGGAUGAAGUCUUUGGUGACAGCGAUAGACCCAUUACUGCUGAUGAUCUUCAGAAACUCCAGUACCUGAACUGUGUCUUCAAGGAAACCCUGAGGCUCUGUCCCUCGGUGCCCAUGAUAGGCAGGGAUCUCGAGGAAGACUGUGUCAUAGAUGGUAAAGUGGUGCCAAAAGGCACUCUGGUUGUCCUGGGUAUCUACGCCCUUCAUCGCGAUCCAGAGCAGUUCCCUGACCCGGAGAAGUUUGACCCUGAUCGGUUCCUGCUGGAGAACUCGACCAAGAGACACCCCUACGCAUACGUUCCAUUCUCGGCGGGUCCUAGGAAUUGUAUUGGUCAAAAGUUCGCCAUGAUGGAGGAUAAGGUUAUUCUAGCCAACCUGAUGAGGAAGUUCUCCGUCGAAGCGAUCCAGACCAUGGAAGAGACGAACCCUCUCGGUGAACUCAUCAUGAGACCUAGGGAUGGAAUCUACGUCAAGCUCAGCAGAAGAAAAUAGAGGGCGCUAUAGGAAUAUCUAAUUAUGUUUUUAAUUUUGCCGUCACAAUAUUUUCAAUGGGAGUGUCACAUUCAUGUGUCCUCUGGUCUUAAGACUUGAAUAUGUAAACUAAGUCAAUCAUGGUUGAAAGAUAGAGGGCGCUAUAGGUAUAUCUCAUCCAAAGAGGACAUUAUAAAUAAUUUUUUUAUUUUGCCGCCAUAAUAUUUUGAAUGGGAGUGUCACAUUCAUGUGCCCUCUGGUCGUAAGACUCGAAGAUGUAAACUAAGUCAAUCAGGGUUGAGAAAUAGAGGGCGCUAUAGGUAUAUCUCGUCCAAAAAUUUGCCAUCCGAAAAUUUUGAUUAAGAGUAUCUCACACACCUGCCCUCUUGUAAUGAGAGCUAGAAAUGGAAUCCAGGGACCCCGUUUCACAAAGCCUUUUUUCAAUGACAAAUGACAAAGAUCAUUGACAAAUUUGCUGAUAACCAAUCAGAAGC